AUGCCGCCUGCGUGUUCAGCGGGCUGGCCAUGCAAUUCCGCCAACAACACGCCAGCUCCUGGGAGCGGAGAGCAUUAUAUGAUCUCCCAGGAGCUGACACGAUGGUACAACGAAUACCAUCUGCAUGGUCGGCCUGCUGAACACGCAGCAGGAACACUAGCCAGCCCCUGGGAGAUUCUAACAUUAUAUCAUCUCCCGGGGGCUGGCCACAUGGCACAAAAGCUGCCAUUUGCAUGUUCAGCAGGCCGACCAAACAAUACCAUCAGCAUGGUCGGCCUGCUGAACACGCAGCAGGAACACCAGCCAGCCCCUGGGAGAUUGCAACAUUAUAUCUCCCAGGGGCUGGCCACAUGGCACAAACGCUGCCAUCUGCGUGUUCAGCAGGCUGACCAUGCCACCUUCAGCAAUAUCGAGCUCCUGGGAGCAGGAUACAUUACAUGA